AUGAAAUUGGCAAAGUUAGAGAAGGAGGAAUGCCGAAUGAAGAAAGCUGGGGAUAAGAGUGAGGACUACAAAAAUAAGCUUCGGGUUGAGAAAAAGAAGCUCAGAGAAGAGCAAAAUGAAACAGAUAUAUCAGUUACUAUGAGCUGCUUUAUCAAAGCAAUAUCAACACCAGAAAGAGCCUACUUCUUAAAAUGGUUAAGAAUCGCUCUAGAGAAUAAAUCUCAUGAAGUACUGCCUCAACUCAGAGAACUGUACAAACAGAAAUAUCAAGAUAUUUGUGGGAACAAGACAGAAAUUGCUGAGCUUGAUAAAAAGAUUUCAAACAGUUCUUUAGGAGUGGAGCAUUUCAUUCGAGAGAUGAGCCAGCUUUACGAAGCUGCAGUCUCACUCCCAGAAGAUGCACUUUACCGAAAACAGCUGGAACAUUUACCUAAACUCUGUGCUCAACUACUGCUGGAUGGAUUUUCACUUGAACUUGUAAAUGGAGAUUCUUCAAAUAUCGCUGAAAAAUGGCUGUCUAGUGUGUUUUCUGAAUUAAACACACUGGUGGAGCCCAAAAACAAGAUUAUGGUUGUCACCGUUUUGGGCGUCCAGAGUUCAGGAAAGUCAACGCUGCUGAACACCAUGUUUGGAGUUCAGUUUGCAGUGAGCAGUGGAAGGUGCACCAGGGGAGCCUUUAUGCAGCUCAUUAAAGUAACAGAAGAACGUAAAGCAGAACUCCAAUGUGAUUAUAUAAUGAUAAUUGACACUGAGGGACUGAAAUCCCUUGAGCUCGCACAACUGGACAACAGCUAUGAACAUGACAAUGAGUUGGCAACUCUUGUUGUUGGACUGAGUGAUGUAACAAUUGUCAACAUCACCAUGGAAAACUCCACAGAGAUGAAAGACAUUUUACAAAUCAUUGUUCAUGCCUUCCUCAGGAUGAAGGAAAUGGGUAAGAAACCCAAGUGUUUGUUUGUACACCAGAAUGUUGCUGAUGUCUCAGCUCACGUUUCAAACAUGAGAGACCGUCAAUUUCUCUUGGAGCAACUGGAUGAAAUGACACAAGCUGCAGCCAAAAUGGAGAACAAACUGGAGGUCAAGAAAUUUACAGAUUUGAUGAAUUAUGACACUGAGACGGGUGACCACUACAUCCCUGGAUUGUGGCAUGGAACCCCCCCAAUGGCACCAGUGAGUAUUGGCUAUAGUGAGUCUGUGUAUGCUCUCAAAAAGCAUAUAAUGGAGAUCUUUAAAUGUUACAAGCCCAGCACAAUCAAUGAAUUUCUUAAAUGGACCAAAGACUUGUGGACUGCUGUGAAAUUUGAGAAGUUCAUCUUUAGCUUCAGAAAUAGUCUGGUGGCUGAUGCAUACAUGAAACUGUGCACGGAGUACAACAGAUGGGACUGGACACUGAGAAAACAAAUGCAUACAUGGGCGUUAGAAGCUGAAACUAAUAUCUUAAACCAUGGAAAAUUUGAAAACUCUGAGGAGUGCACUGUUGAAGAUGUCCACUGUCAUUUACUACAAGAAGCAGAAUCUGAACUUUCAAAAGGACAAGACGAAAUUAUUGCCAAGAUCCAGUCAUACUAUGAACAAGGAGAAGGUCAUGUUGAACUUGUGGAAAGUUAUCGACAAGACUUUAUAAACUCUGCCAAGUCUUUGAAGACAGAGCUUUCAAAUUCAAUCAGAAUCAAAUUGGAUGCAGCUUUUUCACGUCGAAAUGGAAUGAUGAAGGUCGAAGGAAUCAUAAAGACAUACAUGGACACAAUGGAGAAAAAAGUGCUGGACUUGCUGAAAGACUGUCGUGAGAAAAAGGCACACAUGUCAGAGUCAAUGCUGGAUGAAGCAUUUGAAAAGAUGUGGCAGGAGACUGUUAGGACAUUGUCAUACACAGGGCUCCAGAAACAAGAUAUCAUUACAAAAGUUCUUCAUCAUUUAAGAAAAAAUCUUGAAUCUAGAGGAAGUUCAGUGGCUCAAAGCUUAGACAAAGUGAAGGAUUUUAACAAUCAUGGCCAUGGAAAUUUUGUUGUCCACAAAGGUAACUUUAUAACCAGCAGGUUUGUUUAUGCUCAGUGGAACCAGACGGUUCAAGAGAUGUCAGACAACCUCAUCGCUGAAUGUCGGGAUUUUGUUGAAGCAAAGAGGGAAAGUAAGGAUGAUUAUGAUGACACAUACAUCAGGGAAAUUCUUAACAUGAUUGAAGAGAAAAUCAAGGCUCACGAAGAUCUUCAGCUAAAGGAAGAUUUUGAACUGUCCCUUAAAUUAUACAUAUGUGGCUUUGCAAGCAGAGAAUUUCAAAAGAUUCACAAUCAAUUCAUCCAGGAAAGCAACCCACGAACAACCUUGGAGAACGCCAAACAAACAUACCACUCUGACUUCAUUGACCUUUAUCGUGAACGAGACCAGUGUCAGAAGAAAGCUGAUGAAUUCAUGAGUAACUGUCUAAAACCUGCCUUGGAAACAUACAUGUCUGAGGUCUUGGGCACAGAAAUGGCAGAUAAGAUGGUGACUGGUGAAAACUCUGCAAUUUUCGGAACAAGGACAACAUUUCAGCAAUUAAUCUUGAAAAAUCUUCUUGAUGAAUUUGAAUGCAAAUCAUAUUGGCGUUUCAUAAAGUCAUAUGAAACGUAUGUCAAAGACUUUAUUUUUGAUAAAAUCAGAGAACACUUUACAGCAGAGAACAGAAUGAUCAAACUAGAGGAAAAGGUUCUCAAUGAAGUCAUCCGUGAAAUUAUCCAGGCCAUUGAAGACACGGAGCAGGACCCAAAGAUAAAUGACAUCAAGGGAUUCAUCCAAGACAUCUGCAGGAAACUUCAAAAAAGGCUUGUUAUUCCCAGGGAUGUAGUGGACAAAAUCAGCACACUGAACAAUGCAAAUCCCAAAAAAAUUUCUGAAAGCCUUCAAUAUUCUGUGAAGGAGAUGGCUAAAUCACUGAAAGCUGGUUUUCAAGCAAGAGGUUUUCAAAACAAAAUUGAUCGUCUUCGAAACAAACCACAGGACGUGCUGUUCAAACGAGUGCAUGGCUGUGGGAAACAGUGUCCAUUCUGUAAAGCACCAUGUGAGGCUGGAGGAGAAGCCCACGCUAAACACUUUGUCUCAAUCCACAGACCAGAAGGCCUCGGCUGCUACAGAUUUGAUCAUUCUGAAAAACUAGUGACAGACAUCUGUACAUCAUCGGUGCACAGUGGCAAAAGCUUCAAGUGCCAUGACACCAAUGAUAAGUGGCAUAAAUAUAAGGAAUACAGCCAAAUCUAUCCAGACUGGCAAAUCGAUUCAGACCCCAGUAGAGAGGCCUCAGCAUACUGGAAAUAUGUGAUGGCAAAAUUCAAUGAGCAGUUUGCUGAUGAGUAUGAUGCAAUGCCUGCAGAUAUACCAUCAUACUGGAAAGACAUUACAAAGACCCAAGUAGAGGAAAGCCUAAAGUAAACAUCAACUAACUAGUAUCUGUCUGGCCUCUGUUCAAAUUAGUUUGGUACACAAAGGUAAGAGAACUUUAAAAUAUCAAGGUAUCCUUGAAAUACGUUUCAACUGUAACAAUAGAAGAGCAAAACCUGCUUUGGUUCAAUACGAUCACAGAUCAUAAAACAAAGAACAGUGGAGUGCAUUACAUCAAAUUCUUCACAUCUGAACAAGGUAAUAAUUUCCUAAUGACUUCUGAUGUCGUCAGACUGCAGCUUGCACUUGCUCUUGCCAUGAAAGAAGCCAUGAAAAAACAAAUCUAAGUUAAGAUUUUUUUUCCUACGAUAAAAGCAUCAUUCAAAUGUUGUAAUAUACUCUAGGUGAAACAUCAUUAUUUCAUCUAUAUAUUCAUGGAUACUUUUGUUUUAUUGAAAUCCUUAUACUUUUUUUUUUUUUUUUGUGGGUGUAACGUUUGUGAUGCUCUUAAUGUAACUCGCUGAUGUUUUGUCAUGACUGUGUGGGGUUUUUUCACAAGCUAUGUUUUCGAUUUUGAGUUUAAUUUGAAUACAUUUAAUUUUCUCUGUUGUAACUAUUGAGAUUUGUGGUUCUGUGUGUUGUGUACAGGCAUGUUUAAAGAUAUCAAGAAUGUUCUACAAUAUCACAACCAAAUGUGCAUGAUCUUUAGCAGUGGUAUAGAACCUUUUUCCUUAAUUUCAUAAAGUGAUUCUUCAAAACUGUUCACUCAACACUUUAUUUUAAAGUGGCAAAGACGUAGUGGCAAAUUGCAUAUGCAUUCAGCAAAAAAAAAAGGCUAAAUAAUUCAACAUAAUACUAACUACUGCAGCUUUCUGAUUGUUAUGCUAAUACAUGAUAUUAAUUUAUGCUGCAUUCAGUUUGUUAUUGCUUCUUUAAUGACAUUAUGUGAAUGAAAGCGAGACAGUUGAUCUCCAAAGUUCAGUCAAAACUCACCCACUGAGAGAAUUGGGUCACUCUGUUCUUCUAACCCUCUCCUAUUCACCUUCAAGGAGAUCAGAUAUGUGAUAGUGAGACAAAUAUAUGAUUUUGUAGCAUUCUGUGCAACAACCUGUUAUAACUAAAUAUAAAUAAAA